UGAGGUUAAGAUUCAGUACUGACGUUCGAUCCGCGCGGCCUACUAUGUUUCUAUAUGCAAAACUUAAAAGACAUCCCUCGUACAACCGCACCACAAGUUUUCACGUCACAACCUACCAUUACCAAUUCCCCCCGUUUUGCGCAAUGCUCAAAUGUCAGAUCGACGUUUGAGAGGAUAAAGGUUUACAAAGAUGUCAUGUAGGCAGGUUGGCAAACAUUACCACAACAAUACACAACAAUACCAUCGUCAGCUUGUCUGUACGAUUCCCCGUUUUUAUUCUCAAUGCAAAAAUCAAAGAUUGCAACUCAGAUAAAUAAUGUAGGGAACCCUAACAAAAAAAAAGGGGUGGCGGGCCCAUUGGUCCGGUGGAAUGGCUUUUUAGAUAUGGAGGAAAGUGCACCACUAAAGUUAACUCCAAUUGAGAAGUACAGAACUGCACAAUUUUAGCGGGGUUACUGAUUUUAUUAUCUAUCUACACGGUGUUAGCUCAAUUAAAAAAUGGAGCAAAAUUGAAAACAGUCUGUGACAGUUAGUGGAUCCUUGGCCAUUAUAAGAUGCUCCAACAUUGCGUUCAAAAUUGCUCAAUAUUGUUCUAAUCUGAAAAUAUGAAGUUUUGCUAUUUUUAAUGGGCUGUUGAGAUAUUAAUCAAUGGAAUAAUGAUUAAAGCGAUAGCAUGGAUAUGACCAUCUCUGUUAGACCUACACAACAAGACUGGUACUCGUAUGAAGUCAAUACUGUCUGUAAGGACGUGGCUCCCUAUUUCACGAGUAUCCAUCACGCUUUGACGUCUACUGAGGUGAACAUCUGAUCAGCAAGUGACAUUUUUGUGUUAGUCUACAACGUUGGCAAUCAUGAAUCGGAUAUAAAUCUAGUAAAACUUGCUGUGGCACUUUGUUUGUUGUAUGCAAAUGAACUUUUCUAAAUAAAAAAGCUGUUAGCAAGUACAAAAUGCAUCUAAAGCGUACAAGAAAAACAAAACAAAAUACGGGUCUGACUACUUGACGUUUACGGAUCUGUCAGAAUGAUGUGUCCUGUGAUGAUAUGGGAAAUUUUGAGAUAUCACUAGAUAAUCAGCUGUCAUUCUAUCGUGAUGGAUACUCAUGAAAUAGGGUAUAGAUGCCACACACGCAGAACUUGAAAUACAUUUUUUGACGCAAUGGCUAUAGUAGAUAGCCCGCCUUCAUUCUUAGCACGUUUGGCUUCAACUCCACUCUGUCAGUUCACCUUCCUGUCUCCAGCCUUUUGGGCCAACAUUUUAAGCAUCUUACAUAACCCCACUUUUGUCAGCUUACCAGUUGCAUUUUCCUCCAUGUCAGAGGUGCGAUACUAGCACUCCAAACGGCCAUAAAGUCUGUAGAUAAUAAAUAAUAUUCAGACUGAUGACAUGAGAGAAUUUCUCCUGUUAGUAAAAUACCACGUUGUCCAGUAACAUUGUCCCAGUAGCACUGUCGCCUUGUUAUUAGGAGACUAAAUACAAGAUGGCUUGCACUACUGCAAGCCCGACCAUAACUCGGAAAAAAGAAAAGCGCAGUUGCUUUGACAUCAUUCGCGGCGCGAACUCUAUCUUGUUCGGGAUGUCCCUAGAGGACGCCACCAGAGUUGCGCAAGAGGUACUAAAAGCGAAAAAAGGAGCACCGAGUGUGCUCUGGUGUGCUCAUCUCCGUGUGUGGUAACGUUUUGUGUUCAGUGUUUCUAACCGGCGCUUUUGUGAAGGUAUACGUCAUGUGAGGUAUACGCUCAUAAUUUUCAAAUGCAGCAAACAGCAGUUUUAUAAUUACUAACUGUUGCAAUACAGCCCAAGACUGAUAGAAAGUGGCGCUACUGUGACAUUUUCGCACAGUAUUAUAAACGCCAAAUGCGUCGCGUUUUUGAUCUUUUGAAGCUGGCUUGAAUGGUUUUAUAGAAGUCAUUCCUUCUGCAUUUCUUAAUUAUGAGCGAAUAUGAUCUUCUGAAUUUCUGUGGUUUAAGUGUUUAACCCUGCAAUAAUUUUAUACUGGACUGUUCUAUAUUAUCCUGGAACAGGAUAUCAAUUCCAAGAAGGCCGCUUUAGUGUAAUAUGUAUAUGGUUUCUGUACUCUGUUGGCUUGUUCGUGUGCCUCAUUGGGAAGAGAGUUCUCUGUUUGCUUAGAAUUCCUACAAAAGGACAAAUGGAGGAAUGCAGAAUGUGAAAAAAAAUGGAUUUUUUGCUGCUGUUUGAAACUCGUAUCGAUCACGAUCAUUGUAAAUAUUCAUAGCUGUACAGAUAAUAUAAGUCCAGUAUUAUGUUUUACAAUUACAAGUUAUAUAUUUGGAAUUAUUCGAAAACGUUGACGUACAAAUAACGGAAUCGACGUAGAGGCGGGUGCCAUAUUUAUAUUUCGGUCAAGCCAUCCCAGUCUUCUUAAUUUUUAAUUUCAGCCUUAUGACACUUCCAUUAGCUGCUUGAUUUGCCGCUGCUAGCAUUUAAAAGAGGGGGAGCAUAAUCUUUUUUUAACCAAUUUGUUUCUGAUCUGGGGCGUCAGUAGUAGCGAAGGAUAGUUAUAGCAGCUGAAACAUAAAAAAGUGCACCUUAUUUCAGGAGUAUCCAUUACGUUUUGACGUCUACUGAGGUAAACAGCUGAUCAGCAAGUGACAUAUUUGUAUUAGUGUGUAUCGUUGACAAUAAUGAAUCGGGUGUAAAUGUGGUAAAACUCAGGACCAUCAUUUGUUGUACGCGAACUAACUUUUCUAAAUAAAAGAGUUUUUGACAAGUACAAAAUGAAUCCGUAGCGUACAAAAAAAUACGUCUCUGUCUACCUGGCGUUACGGAUUCACUGACGGGUCUGUCAAAUUGUGUGUCACUUGUCAAUAUGGGAAAUUUUUAAAUAUUGCUAAUCAUCUGUUAUUCUACCGUAAUGGAUACUCGUGAAAAAGAAAAUAUAGUCUUUUUUUUGCGGUAUUUGUCUUCUGGAAAUACUUGGGCCUUAAUCGAAAUUUCAUAUGUUCGCCAUGCUCAAAAUCGUCGAUUCUUUCAAGUAAGGAUUUGAGGAUAAUAUGUGUGCAUUGAAAGAAUGCUGAUCAGGUUAAUUUCCCUGUGCAUUUUAGUAUGAAGCUUUGGCAGCUUCACAGGCAAUAUCCAAAUCAGCCGAGGCAAAGGAACAUUACCACGAAACCGGCUUUGAUCAGCAAAGUUCGGCAUCGAAAGAGAUAUCGAACAAUGAAUACAUCCAAUCUGUAGCUCGUUGUCUGCAAAUGAUGCUUCGUAUCGACGAGUACCGCUUUGCCUUCAUUUCUGUGGACGGCAUCUCGACAUUGUUGUCUGUUCUUCAAGGAAGAGUCAAUUUCCAGGUUCAAUAUCAGCUGAUAUUCUGCAUCUGGGUACUUACCUUCAAUCCUCUCCUGGCUGAAAAAAUGAACAAGUUCAACGUUAUUCCUAUUCUGGCCGAUAUUUUGAGCGAUUCCGUCAAGGAAAAAGUCACCAGAAUUAUUUUGGCGGUAUUCAGGAACCUGAUCGAGAAGCCAAACGAUCAACAGGUAGCCAAGGAGCACUGCAUCGCUAUGGUGCAAUGCAAGGUUUUAAAACAGUUGCAGAUUUUAGAACAAAGAAAGUUUGAUGAUGAAGAUGUGUCUUCAGAUAUCGAAUUUUUAACUGAAAGACUGCAAUCUUCUGUUCAGGACUUGAGCUCAUUUGAUGAAUAUGCCACUGAGGUGAAAUCUGGUCGUUUGGAAUGGUCUCCUGUGCACAAAUCCAAGUUCUGGCGCGAAAAUGCCCAUAGGCUGAAUGAAAAGAACUAUGAGCUACUGAGAAUUCUCAUUCAUCUAUUAGAGAGCAGCAAAGACCCCUUGGUACUGAGCGUUGCUAGUUAUGAUAUUGGAGAGUAUGUGAGACAUUACCCUAGAGGCAAGCAUGUCAUCGAACAGUUGGGUGGUAAACAGCUGGUUAUGCAACUGCUGGCCCAUGAAGACCCCAAUGUAAGGUAUGAGGCCCUGUUGGCAGUUCAAAAACUCAUGGUGCACAAUUGGGAAUAUCUGGGAAGGCAGCUGGAGAAAGAACAAAGCACUGAUAAGUCAGGAUCGCAAAAACCACCUCAGGUUGCUGGAAAAGCCUAAAAGUAUUUUACAGAAGAAAGUAUUAUUCACGAGGUAUAAUAUGUUAGUGAAGUACAUGGAAAAGCUCCCGUUUCCGUCUCCGGAAUUGUUUCUGCCCUAGGGGAUCCAAUAAAUAAUAAUAUGAUUGUUUUUAGCAUCAAAUGCGAAUUUUACUCAGCAGUGACAUUGUAAAAAUGGAUUGAAAAAGUAAAUGAUGAACACUGUUGAUGGUGUUUUCAUGUAUUUUCAGAAUUGACAUUCUUGUGCAAGGUUCAUACCUUUCUAAAGCUCAUUUUCUAUUCCAAAUUGGAGCUUUCCAUAAACGUACUUCCUUUUAGUUAGAAGUAAGUAGAAACUAUAAAAUAUGCGUGAAUAUAUCAAUGUAUUUGUGUAAAUAAUUUUUAUAGCUUCACAUUCCUGCUUCCCCUAUUUUAUGUAAAAAUCGGAUAUUUUUUGUUGUGUAAAAAUAAAUGCCUGUUAUGCAAUUUGUGAAAGUGUAUAUGUAAAUAACUUUUAUCAUGUUAUCUUCUUGGACAAAUAAGUUUGAAUAGAGUUGAAAAAACGAAA